GGCGUAUGGGAGCGCCGGCGGCUCCUCCCCGGCCGUGCCUGCGGGAGUGGGAAUAAAGACAGAUAGCGGGGCCCGGAGCAGAGCGCGGAAAGUUUCCUGCGCGGCCCGCGGGCGGCGGCAGCGAUGUCUGUGCGGCGCGGAGCGCUGGGGCUGGGCGGGCUCCGCGGGCCGUAGGGCAGCGAGCGGGGAGAGGCGAGCCCCCGGCCCGUCCUCUGGGCGGCGGGAGGAGGCGGCCCGCGCGGGGACGGGGACGCGGCCGGAGCGGGAGCGGCAGCUCGGAGGCGGCCGCCGCUCGGGGGAAAGAUGAGCUUGUUGUCAGCCAUCGACACCAGCGCCGCGUCCGUGUACCAGCCCGCCCAGCUCCUCAACUGGGUCUAUCUCUCGCUGCAAGACACGCACCAGGCCAGCGCCUUCGAUGCCUUCCGCCCCGAGCCCUCCUCCUCGCAGCACCCCGACCUCGGCUACACCAAGAGCCCCCCGGAGCUGGGCUCCUCGCUCAGCUCCAGCUAUCUCAACAGCUUCUUCCAGCUCCAGCGCAGCGAGGCUCUGAGCAGCAGUCUGUAUAAGAGUGCAUCUCCUUAUGGCUCUCUUAACAACAUAGUGGAUGGGUUAAGCUCCCUCACUGAGCAUUUUUCUGACCUGUCCCUUUCCUCAGAAGCUAGAAAACCCAGCAAGCGGCCACCUCCCAACUACCUGUGCCACCUCUGCUUUAACAAGGGACACUACAUCAAAGACUGCCCACAGGCUCGUCCGAAGGGAGAAGGCCUGACCCCGUACCAGGGCAAGAAACGCUGCUUCGGUGAAUAUAAGUGCCCCAAAUGCAAGAGAAAAUGGAUGAGUGGAAACUCCUGGGCUAACAUGGGACAAGAGUGCAUCAAGUGCCACAUUAACGUUUAUCCUCACAAACAGAGACCCCUGGAAAAGCCGGACGGCCUGGACGUUUCAGACCAGAGCAAAGAACAUCCCCAGCACCUGUGUGAGAAGUGCAAAGUUUUGGGCUACUACUGCCGCCGUGUGCAAUAAACCUUCCAAGUGGCCUCUUCCCAUCCCCCUCAUCCUUAAAGAUCCUCUGACAGCACACGAUCAAGAGCAACACAACACAUCAAGAUAAAAGCUAAAAUAAUUGCCAAUAUUGCCUAUCUAUAACCUAACAGUAUGCCUUACCAUUAACGGAAUGUAACAUUUCUCCUGUGUAUGCACACACAUGCAACAGGUAUUUACAGGACUAUGGUGAAUUUGUAUACAUACAUAUAUAUGUAAGCUUACAUAUAUAUACGUACACACGUAUAAGCAUUACUGAUAGUGUUCACAACAGAACCACAGUCGCAGGUUCUGCUGAUUGUUUACACAGACCCUAUAUCAUGGUCAGGUGAAAUGAAAUGAAGUACUAUUCUUUAGGCAAGAUAUAACAUUCACAAGGACUAUAUGUGAUAAAUGGGUUUUGCAGAGGUUAAAUAACUGCGGGGCCACUGAUUAAAAGCACUCACCCACGACAGGAAUAUUUUUCCUAUUAUAUGACAAGACAAAGGGAGAUUAAACAAGCCACAGCAUAAAAGAAGGAAAAUAAUUGUUUUCCCAGUUUUAGAAAGUCUGAGAGUUUUGUGUUGCUGCUUUCUUGGACUUUUCUAUUUGUUAGUGUCACUCAGGCAGGGCUAAGGCAAAAUCAUUUUUUGCAAUUUUGUGGCAAAAAAAAGUGAAUAAUUGUUUGAGGGUGUGGUUGUACAGAAAGGGAAUGCCAUAAUGGGACCCAUAGCAUCGGGAAGGAUUUCAAGAGGUUUUUGGAGGAGAUAAAAUUGGCUUGGUUGUGUGACUAACAGAUCCUUCUCUUGUCAUAUAAUUCUGCUACAACAGGUUUUGCAUGUGUAUGCGCUAUUCAUUAGGCUGCAAGCACACUAAAUUUACUGUGAAUAAAGGGGGAUAAGAAUGCUUAAAAUUGUCCUCCAAAUCCAUAAUUGAAUGAUUAGCCAAACUUACUAUUUAUAAUAGUUUUAAAGCCACUUUCUGGAAAUAUUUUUUAUGUCCUGUUUUCUACUGUACAAAUUUGUUAUAAUGUAAAAUUUUUUAGCCAUAAGGUGUUAUGAGGUAUGAAGAACACUCUAUAUAAUAUUCCCACUUUCCUGUCUUCCUGAAACACCUAUUUACCUUAGGAGAAAUGUAGGAGUUAUAUUUGGUUGUCCCAUUUCAGGUGGAACUUUGGGCAGGGUGAUCCUGUUGCAAAGUAGUAUCUCAUCAGGGAUGAGCUGAAAGUACCUCGAGACAGUAUCCUGUUUAUAUGUCUGUAUAAGAAUACAUGGGCAUAAGGACAAAACAAGCAAUUCACUUGCAUUAUUCACUGAGAAAACUUACAGGGAUAAUGGUUUGUGUGGUUUUAGGUUUGGUUGUUUUUUUUUUUUUAAAAAAAAAAAAAAGAACAAUUUCUAUUUUUGUGAGGUUUCCUUUAGAGAUUGAUUUGUGUGAAUACUUAGUGGAAAUAUUUAAAAUCCUAAAUAACUUGAUGUGAAUUAAAUCUGUUUUGAGGAUUAAUUCCAUAGUACUAAUACAGAGAGGGUUUUGUGCCAAGUAAUACCAAAAUGUAACCAAUACGUACAGUCAAGCUCUUGUAAAGCGAACUGAAAACUCAGUGAGCAUUCCUGUAGGAAAUGUGAAGGUCUUUACGAAUUUGUUCUAAGGUGAAACUUUGACCAUUUCUCUGCUUUGUUCUAAACAGGGCAGAAUAGUGUCUGCUUAUUCUGGUGGUAGGGUAAUAUACAUAUCUCACAAACUGCAUUAUUUAUGUGUAGCCCAAGUGACACAGCCCACUGGUCAGUCUGAUGAAAAAACCUUGGGAUUUGUUGAUUCUGACCAUGACUCUUACAUUAGCUCCCUGGCUGUGGGCAAGUCAUGAGAUCCUUCUUGGACUUCAGUUCUCCCAGCUGCAAAAGGGGGGUCAUACUUCAGUGUACCUACCUCACAGCAGUGUUGUGAGGCAUACUCAGUGUCCAUUAGCGUUUUGACAUCACUGGAUGAAAAAUGCUAUGUAAUUCUAAAAUCUUAAAGAAAAUUAAUCACUUUGAAACUAGUUUUGCCAAGAUGGUAAUUCUAUAAACUAAAAUAGCUGAAAAAUAAUAUUAUUGAACGUUAACACUAAUAAGAGAUCUCAGUUACAUCAGUCAAGAUAUACAGUUUCAGCUUUUUCAAAUAGAAAUGCAUUCUUUUGCACAGAUUCAGAAAAAAAUACCUUAGAGAAAAACAAAGAUACUAAUUUGCCUAUAAGAGAAUAAAAUACACAGGUGAUUUUGAGGGUGGAUUUUAAAGCUUGUUAAUCUUGAUAAUUAGUUUCCAACAUGCAUGCUUAUACUGAAAGAAUAACACAUUAAAUCAGAUCUGUUGGUUUUGUUUUUUUUUUUCCUUUUGAGCACUUAACAGAACAUGAACAGAAAUAUCCUUGGUGUUUCAUAUCCAACUAAAGGACAAGUAGAUGAACACCAUCAGGUGAAAAUCAGAGAAUUAUUUUUCUCCCUGAAACUCUAACAUUGCUACCAAGCAUUUUGUUUUUAAAUAAUUCCUGUUUUUUGAUAACCACUAAAUCAGUAGAGUAGCACAUCCCAUGGUAUAGCUACAUCAGUAUAGAGCAUACCAGCAGAUACUGAACAAAAGCCAACUGCCAAUGCCAUUAUAUGCAAUCAUUGCUAUUCUCAUGACAGUAUUCUCUUAACAACUGUUUAUCCAGAUGCAAUGUUUCAUGGUGGUGCUUUUAGGUUUUAUUUUAAAAUAAACUUCCUAAAAAUAUACGUGAACAACUUCAACAUACUUAACAACUCUCCAUGUAGAGUAACAGUUCCUAAAAGUAGAGUUGAAAGAGUUCAAUAUUUAUAUAUCACAUUUUUCCAGGUAGCAGACAAAGUAUGUAAGAAAUAUUAAGCAUAUCUAAAAUAUCUAGGAAGAAAAUCGAUU